AUGAGCAGCAGGCUGAUUAUUCUAAGCUGUGCCUUUCUGGCAAUACUUAUGGCUUACUUGCCAGUGGGCGGGGCAGUCACCUGUGUCGAGGAGCCCAACAAUGUAGACUGUGUCGACUGUACCGCUGAAAUUAAUAUAGAUGACGCCGAAUGCAUUGCCGAGUAUGAAGACUACGAAGAAUACAACGAUGGUGAUGUGGAUACUAUAACCCGACGUCCACCAGGGAAGGGACAUUCAGGCGGAGGAGGCAGACGACCUGGCUGGAGGAGGGGCGGCAGGCGCGGUGGCAGACCGAAAACCAUCUUGGGCAGCAUUCUGCAGAAGAAAAUGCGCAUUAUCAAGGGAAUCAAGCAAGGCUAA